AUUUUGUUGUUGUUUCAAUGGCUGAUUCUUUGUUUCUUCCUUUGGCUGCUAAGUCUAGCAACGCUCAUUCUUCUUUGUUUUUCCGGAACUGCCCUUCCCCUUCACGUUUAUUGCCUCCCAAGUCCUCUUUGCUUUUGCAUGGAGGUGAGAAGAAGAUCAGUGUGUUGGCUCUGAGUCUGUACUCCCGCGUUUCGCUCCCCCACCGUGCAGCCCUGAUUCGUGCUCUUGACUCGGACGUUCCUCACCCGCUUCAUAAGGGAUCAGUGAACUUUAAGAAUAGAAAGAGCUACGUGGAAUGGGAUUCAUUGACAGCAAAGUUCACCGGAGCGGCAAAUUUACCAUUUUUAUUGCUCCAGUUGCCUCAGAUCAUUCUCAACACUCGCAAUCUUAUGGCGGGGAACAAGACUGCCCUUCUGGCCGUACCAUGGCUGGGAAUGUUCACUGCUUUGCUUGGAAACCUUUCAUUGCUUUCUUACUUUGCCAAGAAAAGGGAAACAGAGGCAGUUGUGGUGCAAACACUAGGAGUGAUAUCAACAUUUGUGGUGAUUUCUCAGCUUGCAAUUGGAGAAGCUAUGCCUCUACCUCAAUAUGUGGCCACUUCAGUUGUUGUGGCUGCUGGACUCAUUUUAAAUUUUUUGAAUUACUAUGGUAUGCUCAACUUGACAAUCUGGAAAUUUUGGGAAGAUUUUACGACUGUCGGUGGACUUUCAGUGCUUCCCCAGAUAAUGUGGUCCACAUUUGUCCCAAACAUUCCCAACAGCAUCUUGCCAGGGUCAAUAGCAUUUGUUGUGGCUGUAGCAUCUAUAACUCUGUCACAUUCCGGCAAACUUUCAGAGAAAGGCCCCAAAUUCAUAGGAGCAAUUUCUGGAUGGACAGCAACACUUCUUUUUAUGUGGAUGCCGGUUUCACAAAUGUGGACAAAUUUCUUGAAUCCUGAUAAUAUUAAAGGUUUGUCAGCUAUCUCAAUGUUGCUUGCUAUGCUUGGCAAUGGGCUUUUGAUUCCACGUGCACUAUUUAUUCGUGAUCUUAUGUGGUUCACUGGUUCGCUUUGGGCUACAUUGUUUUAUGGUUACGGGAACAUUGUAUGCAUGUACUUAUUGGAAACUAUCAGCCGGGAAUUCUUCUUGGCAGCAACGGUCGGGUUAAUUGCAUGGAUAGGAAUGGCUCUAUGGAGAGAUGCUGCUGUGUACGGAUAUAACUCACCAUUAAGAUCUUUGAAAGAGUUGGUUUUUGGAUCAUAAGUUGAAGCGAGGUAUGACAAUGCCACGAGUUCCAAUGACCACAUGAAAUGCUCCUUGCUGAGAUUCCAAGUAUGUAGCCCAAACGGCAGCUACAGUCUUCCAACUAAAGAGUUACCAAGUGGAUAAUAUCAUAUGUUCCUAGAUUUUAAUAACCAUUGAUUUCAUUUGAAAAGAUGAUUAGAAUAAUCAAUAGUAAUUAGUAAUGUAAUAAUUAGAAUAAGGAUAGAUAAAACAGCAGUUCAUGUUAUGUGGAACUGCAGUCCUGUUUAUAGAGACCUUGACCAGAUAAUGCUGGCAUGGCAUAAGUGUAUAAUGCAGAAUUAUAGCUGAUAAUAAAGAGUCUGAUUUCCUUUA